AUGGCCAAAAUCGUGGCCGGCGGUCUGCCCGGCGGCUGCGUGGGCGGCCGCGCCGAAAUCAUCGACAUGAUGGCCCACCGGGGAGACCCUGAGUGGGACAACGGGCAGCGCGUAUACCACCCUGGGACUUUCAACGCCAAUCCCCUCAGCGCAGUGGCUGGGAGCGUCUGCCUGGAAAUGAUCGCCUCACAACCGGUCAACCAACGAGCCGAUGCCAUGGCUGCCCGGUUGAAGCAGGGCCUCAAUGACAUCUUCGGCAAGAUGGAAGUGGCCGGCCACGCUCACGGCAUAGCCUCGAUGAUCCACGUGGUGCUGGCCGAUUGCGAUUGCGGUCGGGAACUGUGCACCAUGCCGCACCGGCAGAUCAAGCAGGCUACGGCUUCCCCCGCCGUAACUGCAAUGAAACUGGGCCUGCAAAACCGGGGAAUCGACAUCAUGGGCCGGGACGCGUUCCUGGUGUCGGCAACCCAUAACGAGAACGACGUCGACCAAACCCUGGCGGCGUUCGAGAGCACCUUGGCCGCCCUCCGCGCCGAGAACGCCGUGUAA